AUGUCCACCCUCCAACUCGAAGAUAACGGGUCCCUCCUAGUCAUUCCUCGAACGUAUAUUCUAGUGCUCAUUCCAUUGAUAUAUCUUAUCUACAAGUGGACUCUGGCAACGGACAUUCCACAUAUCAAGGGACUACCAGAAAUCCCGGGAGCAGUCCCCGUCUUUGGUCAUCUCUUGAAGCUAGGCGACGAUCAUGCAAGUGUUUGUGAAGGCUGGUGGCGGCAAUAUGGCUACUCUGUGUUCCAGAUCAAACUGGGCAACACCCGGGCAGUGGUAGUGAAUUCGUUUGAUGAUUGCAAGAAGAUGAUGCUCGGGCAUCAAAAUGCAAUCAUCGAUAGGCCAAAGCUCUACACCUUCCAUGGUGUCGUUAGUAGCACUCAAGGCUUCACUAUUGGUUCGUCGCCGUGGGACGAGUCAUGCAAAAAGAAGAGAAAGGCAGCUGGAACAGCGCUGGGAAGACCAGCCCUUCGAAACUACCACCCCAUGUUUGAUUUGGAGAGCUACUGUAUCGUACGCGACAUCUAUCGUGACAGUUCAAACGGAACCACCGAACUCAACAUUCGACCAUAUAUUCAACGGUAUGCACUCAACACCACAUUGACCUUGUGCUAUGGUAUUCGCAUGGAUGCUGUCUACGACGAUCUUCUUCGUGAGAUCCUGCAUGUUGGCUCGGCGAUCUCACUGCUUAGAAGUGCCUCGGAGAACUUGCAAGACUACAUUCCAAUCCUUCGUUAUCUUCCCAACAAUGAGAAAACCGCUCGAUCAAAGGAUCUCAGAGAGCGCCGUGAUACAUAUCUCAACCUCCUUCUCGAUAAAGUACGAGAGAUGAUCAACAAGGGAACCGACAAGCCUUGUAUCUCUGCUGCAAUUCUGAAGGAUGAGGAGACAAAGCUGUCCGGAGUGGAAGUCUCAUCGAUCUGCCUCUCGCUUGUCUCUGGUGGCUUUGAGACAAUCCCUGGAACUAUGACUUCAGCUAUCGGGUCGCUUUCUACGGCCGAGGGUCAAGUUUGGCAAGAUCGCGCGUAUGAAGACAUCAAGAAGCAUUACCCCGACAUCCGUGAGGCUUGGACUAGUGCGAUCCACGAAGAAAAGGUGCCUUAUCUCAAUGCGAUCAUAAAAGAGGCUGGUCGAUACUAUACUGUCAGCUCAAUGAGCCUUCCCCGAAAGACAGUGACUGAAGUGAACUGGAAUGGGGCCAUUAUCCCCCCCAAAACGAUGAUCUUGAUAAAUGCACAAGCUGGCAAUCAUGAUGUUGACCACUUCGGACCCAAUGGAGGGAAAUUUGACCCAGAGAGAUGGCUGGAAUCUAUUAAUCCUCCAGUCGAGAAAGAAGCAGCUGGUUUACUUCACCUCAGUUUCGGUGCUGGAUCGCGUGCAUGCUCUGGUCAAUUAAUUGCCUCGCGUUUACUCUACACCGCAUUACUCCGGCUGAUUUCCUCAUACAAGAUCGUUGCGAGUGAGAGCAACCCCCCGAAUACCGACUACGUGGAGUAUAAUCAGUUCAAGACAGCAUUAGUUGCGAUUCCCAAGGAUUUCAAAGUCAAGUUGAUUCCUAGAGACGGGGCGAUGACAAGUGAAUGUCUGCAUGCUGCUGAAGUUCGGACUCGGGAGCAUUACAAGGAAUGA